AUGGGCGACCUAGAUGGAGCACCAACACAAGCCGAGAUCAAUGCUCAGCUGUUGGCUAACCAUGCUGAACUCCAAGCCGCACUGGCUACGGUGACUGAGCAGCUGGCUCAGAUAGCCGGGAGAAACCGAGCUAAUGCUCCACAGCCAAGGAGGAGAAACCAACCCAUUCCAGAAGAGCAACAAUCCCAAUCCAGUGAGGACAACUCGGACACUGACCGUACCGAACCGGACGAGCCGCGGUACGAACGGGCUGGGCGUGGGAACCAGCGGGAGUAUCGGGUCCAAGGCGAUGGUAGCCCGAUCCGUAGGAGAUUCCGAGAUGAGGAGGUCGCUUGGCAAGGGGGCAAGGAUCUCAAACUUACUCCACCAACCUUUGCUGGAAAGGUUGACCCGGACGCCUACAUCGAAUGGGAGAAGCGCAUGGAGUACAUCUUUGAGUACUACCGCUAUACCGAGGCCAAGAAGAUCGCCCUAGCCGCAGCCCAACUGACGUACAAUGCCCUAACUUGGUGGGAUAGGGAAGUAGCCAAGGUUGGCCGGGUCUAUAGGAUCGAGACUUGGAAUGAGAUGCGAGCUAAACUCCGAGCAAGGUAUAUUCCCUCUUACUAUCAGCGGGACUUACUAAAACGUUUUCGCAAGUUGUCUCAGGGUACUAGGACCGUGGAGGAAUACUUUGAAGAGUUCGAGGCUCUCAAGAACAAGCUCAGGACGCGCGAAACCGAAGAAGUUAUGAUGGCACAGUUCUUGGAAGGUCUUCAAGACCGCAUCGCUCGCAAGGUGGAGAGGCAGACUUACGUCAACUUCAACGACCUCCUCCACUAUGCCGUCCAGGCCGAGCAGCACAUUAGGAGGAAGAACGCCUCUAGUGCCAGGAACAAGACGCCAUGGGCUCCAUCCGGAUCCAAAGGAGCUGAGAAAAACAAGUCCGUUGAAGUGGAAAGCCGGUUCAAGAAGAACCAAUCCGAUCAGUCCAAACCAGGCUCAUCCGAACCAGGUAAGGGACAAACUCCAGCCCAAAGAACCCGUGAUAUUACUUGUUUCAAAUGUCAGGGGAAGGGGCACUACGCCAGGGACUGUCCGAACAAGCGUGUCAUGAUCCUUAAGGCGGACGGCGAGUAUGAGUCCCAAGACGAGGUCGAUGUAGGGUCGGCUGAAUCAGGAGAUGAGAUAGUGGACUAUGCUGAGACUGGUGAGCUAGUGGUGGUCAGACGAGCUCUCAGUGCUCUCUUUGAUCCAGAGACCGUCCAACGAGAGAACAUCUUCCAUACGAGGUGUAGCGUGGAGGGCAAAGUAUGUAGUCUAAUUAUUGAUGGUGGCUCUUGCACUAAUGUGGCCAGCAGGUACCUUGUUGACAAGUUAGGGCUAGCAAAGUCGCCACACCCCAGGCCAUACAAGCUUAAAUGGCUCAAUGAUGAGACGGAGCUUAAAAUCUCGGAGCAAGUUGUUGUGCCCUUUUGUAUUGGUAAGUACCAGGACCAGGUGAAGUGUGAUGUGGUUCCUAUGCAAGCUGGACAUCUGCUGUUAGGGAGGCCUUGGCAGUUUGACAAGGAUACCAUUCACCAUGGGAGGACUAACACCUACAGCUUCACCCACAACAACAAGAAACACAGCCUGGCUCCUCUCAGCCCCCAAGAGGUCUACGAAAUUCAGAGAGCCAUGGACCAGUCUGGGCUGUUUAGUAAAACUAACCUUUUCAUCUCUUCUAGUAAAGUGAUUAAAUCAUUGCAGCAGGAUACACAGGUGCUACUAAUGGUCUUCAAGGAAGGUUGUUUUGCAGGUUUUGAGGCACCAGAUUGCCCAGCUGAGAUGCAAGUGCUAAUGGACAAGUACAAGGACAUGUUUCCUGAGGAGAUACCAGCCGGCUUACCACCCCUCCGAGGCAUUGAGCAUCAGAUAGACUUUGUGCCCGGCGCCCCACUUCCAAACCGAGCCGCGUACCGAGUCAAUCCGGAGGAGGCUAAGGAGCUGGAGAGACAGGUCCAAGACCUUAUGGACAAGGGGUACAUUCGGGAGAGUCUCAGUCCAUGUGCAGUUCCCAUCCUCUUGGUGCCUAAGAAGGAUGGUACAUGGCGUAUGUGUGUUGACUGCCGAGCCAUCAACAACAUCACCAUAAAAUAUCGGUACCCCAUUCCUAGACUUGAUGAUAUGUUAGAUGAACUGAGUGGUUCCACCAUGUUUUCCAAGAUUGAUCUUAGGAGUGGCUAUCACCAAGUGCGGAUGAAGGAGGGUGACGAGUGGAAGACUGCUUUUAAGACCAAGCAAGGCUUGUAUGAGUGGCUCGUGAUGCCAUUUGGUCUUACCAACGCCCCUAGCACCUUCAUGAGGCUUAUGAACGAGGUUCUAAGGCCCUACAUUGGUAAAUUUGUAGUUGUCUAUUUUGAUGACAUAUUGAUUUACAGUCAGUGCUUAUCCGAUCACAUUAGCCAUGUAGAACAGGUUCUGAAGGCACUCAGGCAGGAAGGACUCUUUGCCAAUCUCCAGAAGUGUGUCUUUUGCACUGACCAGUUAAUAUUUUUAGGCUUUGUUGUGAGCUCACAGGGUUUGAAGGUCGAUGAGGAGAAGAUCAAGGCCAUCCAAGACUGGCCCACGCCGACCACUAUUGGGCAUGUCCGAAGUUUCCAUGGCCUAGCCAGCUUCUAUAGGCGGUUUGUCAAGGACUUCAGCACCAUUGCUGCUCCCAUGACCUCAGUGAUCAAGAAGAAUGUAUCCUUUGUUUGGGGCCCUGCCCAAGAGGAGUCUUUCAACAAGCUUAAAUAUAGUUUAACUCAUGCACCCGUUCUUACACUUCCUGGUUUUAAUAAAACUUUUGAGAUUGAGUGUGAUGCAUCAGGUACAAGCAUUGGAGCUGUUCUUACUCAAGGAGGCCGACCAGUGGCAUUCUUUAGUGAGAAAUUGAGUGGAGCUGCCCUCAACUACCCAACCUAUGACAAAGAACUAUACGCUCUAGUAAGGUCCCUUGAAACUUAGCAGCAUU